AGUGUUCCUGGAGGAUUAUGGGCAGGGAGGGUCGAACUCCCUGUCUUGGCCUUGGACUUGGCAGCUGCGUCGGUCUAACGCUGGGGGCAGAUGGCCGCCCUCCCAGGCGUCAGCUGUUUACAAGCACAGAUGACGGACUUACCGGUUGGACGCGCUCAGUGGGAAACAACACAGUCAGUGUAGAAACUCCAGACAAACUCCUGCCUGAACGCUCCCUGUUUACAGGAAUUUGACAAGCAGACCAGGAUGCUAACGUCUCUCCUUUAAAGCGCACAUUAAAAACCCGAGGAUGUGAGCCGCUGCAGGUGCACAUCUGGAAACGGUUUAAUGCAUGCUCUGGAUCCAGGAACUUCCUCUUGGCUUGGACUUCCAGCUUCCCUCCUUCAAUGAACAAAGCAGAUUCAUGUCCAAAGCAGCUGGGCAGCACAAAAGCAGUAAUCCUCCAUGAUGGCAGUGUCUUCACUCUACAUUACAGAGGAGCCUGGAGCUGGAAUCACUGAACUGGAUAUUUGUGUUCUUAACAAUAAUGUGCAAUACGAAGUCAUCCCGUCUGUCGUCUGCUCCGUCUGCCUUUCAUUCGGCCUCAUCUACUGCUUUUUUGGGUAUCGCUGCUUCAAGAUGGUCAUGUUCUUCUCCGGUUUCAUGUUUGCCUCAUCUGCCAUGCUCCUGUUCUACCAUAAGGAACCGGACUUUACGGGUCAGCUGAGAGAGGACGCCAAGGCGGGCAUUGGGCUGGGAGUCGGCGUGCUGUGUGGACUGUUUACCGCGCUGGUGUCCACGCUGGGACUCCUCCUCUGUGGCCUGCAGCUUGGAAGCCUCCUGUCCCUAUCCAUGCUGGUGAUUGUGGGACAGUUUCACAGCCUUGCUCCAGUGUGGGUGCCUCUUUGUGCCGUACUGGCCGCCAGCAUCGCGUCUGCUGUGUUCACGCUGCAGUGGCAGAGGCUGUUCAGCAUCUUCUACACGUCUGUGUUUGGAGCUACGACCGUGAUGCUGUGCGCGGACUACAUGGUGGGCGCGUUUGUGCUGCCGCAUCAAGUGUAUGACGUGUUUUGUGAAGCGGCUCCGCGACCCUUCUGCUGGUUUAACUGGGCGAUCACUGGGAUCUGUCCUGUUUUGAGCACCGUAGGCGUGUUGGUGCAGUGGUGGUUUACUGCAAGAGGAGUUUCACACUUUGAAGGUGCCAAUAAAAAACAGAAGAAAAAUGAAACGAAGCAGAAAUGUAGAGAAGGAAGGAGAAGACCCCGGCCAUAUCGUCAGCGCAGGCCUCCGCCUCUGAAGCGAUACGCUGGAGACGUCCUCGCACCAAGUUAUCUCCACAAACUCCAAGAGCGUCAGCUGGGUACCGGUUCCUCCUCCAGCAGCGUCAGCACCAUCACUCACACUCUGAUCGACUUCAACUUCGAGACGGGCUCCAUGGUGCCUCUGACCUCCGCCUCCCCCAUCUUCACAGUCUGAACGAACACAGCUAUCCGAAAGAGCAAAUCUCUGGGAAAGUAACUUUGAACUGUUUGCUUUCACUAAAUUUGUUCAAAUAUUUCA